AUGGCAUCUAGCACUUCAAAAACAACUGACAAGUAUUUCAAGAUUUCAUCCGUGAAAGAUGAUACUAAUGAGCUUGCUCCUCAGCAAGAGGAAAAGAAGAUACAUGGGGGAACGACUGCAUCUGUUGUGAGUCUUUUGUCGUCAAGUCAUAGCAAAGAUGUCGUCACCAAUUGCCAUGUUCUUCAAAUAAUAAUUGAAGUUAUUAUUUUGUGUGGACGACAGAACAUAAGUCUCCGUGGACACGUUGAGGAUAGGGGAAACUUUCUUGCAAUCCUGGGCGAAGUUGCCAAAUGUGAUGAGACUCUGGCCAAUCACCUUGCAUUGGGAGAUAUUCGGGCAAGAUACACUUCCCCGAAAAUCCAAAAUGAGCUCAUUGAACUUGGUGGAAAUGAGAUACUUUCGUCCAUUGUUGAGUCCUGCAAAGCUGCAAAAUAUUUUGUAAUAAUCGCAGAUGAGUGCAGUGACGUGUCCAUCCAUGAGCAACUGUCUUUGUGCCUCCGAUUUUUAGACAAAGAUUUAAAUAGACAACUGGUCAUCAGGGAGGAGUUCGUUGGUUUUCGUCAUGCAGAGAGUCUAAAAGGAGAGGCAAUUUGUGAACUGCUUUUGCAAUUUCUUGACGAUUUGGGACUAGACGUGCAAAAUGUCAGAGCUCAGUGCUAUGACGGAGCAGCAAACAUGGCUGGGAAGUUCAAGGGGGUACAAGCAAGAAUCAGAGAGAUAGUACCGGAUGCAAACUACGUGCACUGCAAAGCUCAUGCUUUAAAUCUGGCACUGAUAAACAGCAGCUCAAAUAUGUGUGUCAGAAACAUGAUGGCGACAGUUCAGGCAAUAGCCUUUGCCUUUGAUUACUCAGCAAAACGCUUGCUGUCAUUUGCAAAUGAGAACGAGGAAGUACAGAGCCAGAUGCAGAAGCGUACAAAGCUGCGGACAUUGUGUGAAACACGAUGGUCCAGUAGAACUGAUGCUCUCUUCACCUUUCUGACAUCUUUCCCAGUGAUCGUAUCUGCUUUGGAAGAUCUGAAGGAAGAUCAUGAUGACAAGGCUGGACAAUAUCUGAACGCCAUCUUGAGCUUUGAAUUCAUUAUAUCCCUUGUUGUUGCUCAGCACCAAGGACUUGGUGGACAAGGAUUCGUUUUGCCCGUGACUUCAGCAUCAAGCGAGAGAUCCUUCAGUGCAAUGAGGAGGAUCAACACGUACCUUCGGUCCACCAUGGGUGAUGUCCGUAUGUCAUCACUUGCACUGAUCCAUGUGCACAGAGACAUGUCAGUAAACACACUCCGUGUCAUUGAGCAAUUUGCUGCUCGGAAGACGAGGCACGUGGAUUUCAUGUAA